AUGUGCUGUUUAAGGCAAAUACCAUGGAUUCGAUUCGAGUUUGCCAAUGGAACAGAUAAGAUCAAACAAAAUGCCUUAUUCCAGGAUCAAAAGACAAAUCUAGCAACACUAUCGGGUUACUUGGAUGCCUCAUGGAUCGAUGCAUUUGCGAAAUGGAAUCGAUCAAAUUUUGAUGAUAUUGAUAGGGUGUUUAUUCCUGCAAGCUGGAUAUGGAAACCCGAAUUUUACUUAUAUUAUGGGUAUAUAGAGGGUCGAACUCCAAAUUUCGUUGGUGACAUAAGUGUUGAACUGAAUUAUUUAGGACACGUACGUCUAUUUGUACCGAUUACAGCUCGAGCACUCUGUCCCGUAAACGUCAAAUAUUUCCCAUUCGACACGCAAAAUUGCACCUUUGCAGUAAGUUUUUAUUUUUAUUUUAAGAAAACAGUAAUAUAA